AUGAACUACAUGCCCGGUACGGCCAGCCUGAUCCAGGACAUCGACAAGAAGCACCUGGUGCUGCUGCGGGACGGACGGACGCUCAUCGGGUACCUGCGCAGCAUCGACCAGUUCGCAAACUUGGUGUUGCACCAGACUGUGGAGCGCAUCCAUGUGGGCAAGAAGUAUGGGGACAUCCCUCGGGGCAUCUUCGUGGUGAGGGGCGAGAACGUGGUGCUGCUGGGGGAAAUUGACCUGGAGAAGGAGAGCGACACACCUCUGCAGCAGGUGUCCAUCGAGGAGAUCCUGGAGGAGCAGCGGGUGGAGCAGCAGGCCAAGCAAGAGUCCGAGAAGCUGAAGGUGCAGGCGCUGAAGGAGCGGGGGCUGUCGGUGCCGCGGGCGGACACGCUGGAUGAGUACUGAGGCUGCUGCCCCUGGGCUGCAAGGAGCCAGGGCUGCUCCGUGAGCUGCCUGGUCAGGGACAGAUCUCCUUGAAAAGGCAGGUUUUAUUUUCAGAUUGUAUUUUCCGUGGUGCUGGUAACUGUACACAAAUCAUGCCUUUAGUCUUCUUCUGGAGAAGGAGAUGAGGAGGGCCCAGCGCACUGGGAGUGCAAGCAUUUGUGUUUGGACGGCAAAUCACUGCUCCUUCAGUUUGUUUGCUUUUUCCUCCUCGCAUGACUCUGGGUGAGAGUUUUCCUUGACAUGUAAAUAAAUCCUUGAUCCUGACAUCGAUGAUUUUCCAGUAUUCUGGUCCUGACAGUCCCUCCCUCAGGACGAGCACCCCUCAGGCCAGCUGUUGUCCCCUCCGUGUGCUCUGCAGGGACAGUUGGGGACCCCUGCUCCAGCCACGGGCUGGGCUCACUCCAAGGGAGCGCUGGAGCCUGUGGCAAGAUCCUGUUCUAGGAUGGGGAGCAGAACCUGGAUAUCCCUGUACGCCAACAAAGACUACCUGUAACCCCAGCCAGGCUGUGCCACUUCCCUGCAGCCGAGCCUGAACCCACUAAUUACCUGUUCAUGAAGAGCUGCUGCACCUGGGGCACUGCAGAGCCUGGACCUCCAGCUCCUCCUCACCUCAGUGCUGGGGGAGCGGGUGCAGCUGUGUAGGGUUGGAGAGUCCUUUGCCCCAGGUGUGUCCCAGCCCUUCCGCAGGUAGGAGAAUCCUGGGCCUUGGGGCUGGCUUUGGGCAGCUGCCAGGCUCCAGGAGCCUCCUGGGUGUGGGCAGGGAAUGGAAAACCUGGGCGAGGACAAUCCCUGUGGAACCUCAGGCUGCUCCCCUGAGCAGUGGGAGUCCUUUGGGUGAAGAGUCCAUGCUGGGACAUAGGACAAGCCCAGCUCUGUUUGCUGGGGUUGAGCACAACUGUCCUGGAGAGCUGGUAGCUGUUGCGGCCCACUGGCCCACUCUCACUGACCCAGGGACCCCUUGCUUUGGGGGGGAACAUUUCUGCCCCAUUGGGCUUGAGUGGGUGUUGUGGGUUUGGG